CACAGGUAUAUACCAAGAACUUCUGGAGAAGUCCAGAAAGUGAAUCAACGCUACUCCAUCCCUUCCAGAACUGUCCAAAUUUCCCUUUAAAUGCUGAAGCCAACUCUCUGUAUCUCAUACAGUCAAGGACAGCAAUCUGAAAUUCACCCUGUAACAAAAAGCUUAUUGUUGAAGCUCUGAGGAGAAGAAGAAAGAUGUCACACUGUUUAUCAAACUUGUCAAUUUCCUACCCCAUCUCAUCCCAAACUGCCCUUUUUCCUCACAAUCCCAGUCCUUUCCAAUCAAGAUCUUCCCACUUCUUGAGGACUCCAAUUUCUGACAGGAAUUGGGCCCAGAAUGUAGUCAGAGCUAUGGCAGCCGAAGGCAGGGAUAACCUCGAUCAUCUUCAAAGACCAACCAAGCAGCAGCCGAGGAAAAGAUCAGCGCCAGUUGCCCCGACAGGUUUAUGGGACAGGUUUCCAACAGCUAGGACAGUGCAGCAAAUGAUGGAAACAAUGGAAAGAAUGAUGGAGGACCCUUUUGCCUAUAGCGGCGGAUGGCCGUCGCCGUUGCCUCCAGCAGAUAGUGUAGGUUACAGCAGGGGAAGAACACCCUGGGAGAUCAAGGAAGCUGAAACAGAAUACAAGAUGAGGUUCGAUAUGCCUGGAAUGACUAAAGAAGACGUGAAGGUUUGGGUUGAGGAGAAAAUGUUAGUGGUUAAGGCUGAGAAAUCGCCCCAGAAAGGGAGUGAAAAUGAGGAAGAAAAUGGUGAGGAUUGGUCUCCUAAGAGCUAUGGGAGGUACAGUAGUAGAAUUGCUUUGCCUGAGAAUGUCCAGUUUGAGAAAAUUAAGGCUGAGGUUAAGGAUGGUGUCUUGUACAUAACCAUACCAAAGGCAAGUAGCAGUGCCAAGAUUUUUGAUAUCAAUGUUGAAUGAGAAGUUAUAAAGAGAAUGUAAAUGAUGUAUCAUAUAUAUAAAGUUUUUCAAUUUUAGAAUGUGAUUUUCUUGUAUGUUUGAGUUCAUUACAUUUCAAGGGGAAAGGUUUCUGUAUAACUAUGAAA